AUGACUGCCCCCCGCCCCGUCAACCACUACAUCCAUCGAUUGGCCGGCACGGCGAAGCCCUGCCUUGUAUGCUACCGCCCUUCGCCACAUGUGCUCGUCUCUCAGUCAUUGCCGGCGGAGGACUUCUUCUACGUUUGCGAAUCGCACCUGUCCGAUCGGCACUUUGCCUCGCAGAUCGCUGAUCAUUCAGUUGCUUUGGCCGGCUUGCCCUGCGCCCAAGUAUUGCCAGAGAAAGUGAGCCAGGCGGAGAUCAAUAAGAUUAAGUUAGAGUACGAGGAACGGCAGAAGAAGCGAGAAGAGGCUGCGAAAUCCAAGAUUGACGAAGAGGGGAAAGAGAAAGGGGAAGGAGACAAAGCAGACAAAGACAAAAACAGGAACAAGAACAAGAACCAGUCCUGGUUUUCCGGCUUGUCGUCCCUGCUCGAUUCGUCCGCAACCGGAGAUAGUCCAUUCAGUGCCCCAGCGAAUUCAAAGCCAACGACAACAUAUGGCACUGCGCCAGGCAAGACAGAAGGUAAACAUGACCGGUACACGCUCCAUCGAGACUUCUAUAACAUGCGAUUCGACGCUUACAAGAAACGCGACGCGAUUAAGAGGGCAAAGGAGCUUUCCAUGCCGGCUGCACCACGUGGAGAACUCAAAUCCCAGCUAGCGCCGUCAAAGCCAGCAGCAGGAAGUGCAGCGUGA